AUGCGUCGCCAGUCGGAAUUGUCGAUCCGAGCGCAAAUCACGGUCGGUCGCAGUCCGGUUGCGUCUGGUCGUAGUUCAAUUCUCGGCGCUUCAGAUGUUUCUGCAUCAUCGUACUCAUCUGGAUACACAGCUCGCAAGAAUCGACCAUCAAUGGGUCUUACAGUCUUUAAUUACACUAGCCCGAGCUCGGUUCUGGAUAGAAGCUAUGGGCGAUCAAGCUCUCGCGGCUCAACAAGUUCCGAAUUUCUUCGUCCUGGAUCGUAUGUGCCGGCAGUCAAUUACUCUCGCGUGACGGCUUCGAGAAGAUUCGAGCCGAUUCAGGCAUCAACUAGAUUGAGAGUACAACCUGUGGGAUUGCCAUCGACGACUUACACAACGACCUAUCAUACUCAUGUUGGCGUGGAUCGCAGUGCGCAACGGCUGGAAGAUGCGCGGCAGAGGGUGGCUCGGGUUGCUGCUCGUCAAUACGACAAUGCGAGCUUGAAUCCCUCGCGUGAUUCUGGAUAUCAAAGCCAAAUCACACCCGAGGCACGUAAUCGACAGCCAUCUUGGGAACGGAAACCUCCGGAAAUUUCCCAGCCUAUUGCUUCAACCGCGCGGAGUGAUUCACAGAACAGCGGACCUCAUGACCCGACAUGGAAUUACUUUUCACCCUCAACGCCUAGACGGCGAAUAGAAGAAAUAGCUGACGAAUCCUGCGAUGAUGUGGCUUCCGUGGCUUCCUCUUCGGUAUCAGUUGCAACCUACGCAUCUCAUUCGAACCGGAAAUAUUCCCGUGCUACGACGGAUCAUGAUUUUCGUCGAGGAAAAUCCUAUGGAACGCGUCAACAUUACACUGCGCCAGAAAUUGAGUUUGCCGAUAUGUCGUCCUGUUCUUCGAAGGUUGAGAAUAUGUCAGCCAUUUUGAUCUCCACUGAGAGUGAUAAUGUCGGAGUUGGGAGUGGAAGCGGUGAUUUUGCGUCUGUCAAAGCUAUUGCGUGUCCUGAUGAGGCCGGUAUUUUGCACAUUCCGAUUCACCUCCGUCUUCCGUCAUCUGCGCUCGGCAAGGAUGACGGACUUGGUCGGAGCCGCCCGAAGACAAUCCACAUUGACGUAUUCUGUACCGAUUCGGAAUCCGAAGAAUCGGUGGAUAGCGAUCAAAAUGACGAUGCCAAUUCAGUUAUUUCCAAGGAUCCCGAUCAUUCCUCAAUUGCUACUGUGUUUGAAACGGACGAGGUGAAAGUUCGUCACAUCCGCAAGAAAACGGGGCUUCCAAGGCGCUAUCAACUUCAGUCGUCUGUGGAACAGACUGAUGUGGAAUUUCCGAGAAAACGCAAGACAACAACAAAAAAGCAAAGGAGCACGACUGCGGUUUCCAGAAAUCAAGACUAUUCAUCAUUGGCGACAUCAAGAGCCGUUUCCGACACUGAUCUCUCUGGUUAUUUAUCUUCGUCGAAUGUUUGGGAAGGAUCUUGGCAUUCCGAUUCUGAUAUUUCUACCACACCGACUGGCGCAUUGUCAGACUCAAGCGAUACAACUAGCAAAGAUACUGGGGAUUCAGAUAAAUUAUCUCGUCGUGCGACAAGUGUUGAGAGGGAAUUUGAGUCCCUUUUUCAAGCAGAGGGUACGACCGAUAAUGAAGCUCAGCCGACUUCGUCUAACACCACAUUGAGCACGAUCAAGUCUCCACCCGCAGUUUUGAUGAUUUCUGAUGAGGAUCUUUGGCCUACUGAGCCGAAUAUCCGCAGGCAUAAAUCGAUGUUGGAAAGAACGGAAACGGGGAAAGAAUCGCGCGUUAAUUUACUCCGUCGUUUGUCGAUUCGAAAAUCUGAAUCCUUGAAAUACAAAAAUAGCCUCGAGGAGCUUCGUGAAGGAAGAUUUCUUUCCAGAAAUCUUGGAGCUUCAACAAUUACGGCAUUGGACCGUGCACAUGAAUCUGAAGAAAAAGUGUUCGAUGCUUUCCCAAAGCAGGAGCAGUUGAUGCACCUGCAGAAGUUUUCCGAUGGAAAUGCUGUACAAUAUCCCAAAGAAGCUUCGGGUGAAUUGGUCGAAGAGAAGAAGGCGAAGAGCCCAAAAGCAGAGAGUUUUGAUGGUUCUCGCGUCCGAAGUCAUUUAAACUUUGAAUUUGAUAAGGAAUUUCAUCCUUCAGUCCUUUUGCUGGAUUCUGAGGAAAGUCAGAGCGCUAUUCCUUGUCAGAUUGAAGCUGUUCAAAUUUCUGUUUCUUCAGCGCAAAAGUCUGUGGAACAGUCUUCGAAGAAAACUGAAGCGUUUGCGUUAUCACCUUCCGUUGAUACUUCUGUGAAACCGGAUGAAACAUAUCUUUCGGAAAUAUCUUCGAUUUCGUUUGUUGAGAAGGAUUCAGAGCAUUCCGAAGAAAGAGAAGCAUCAAUAAUGGGACCAAAUGAGGCAAAAUUAGCUGCUGGUCCUUCUACCGCUUCUGUUCAGCGAAAUCAACAGAAAUCCGUGUCACCAAGUUCGCCCAUGCCGAAAGUGUCUGCUGCUGCAUCGAAGAUAUCUCGUCAUGUCGGGAAAUUGAGCUCGAGUGUUUAUAGUCAACAAUUGCAGUCGCUGAAGCCUGCACCUAUUCAGAAGAAAUUUUCGGAGGUCGGCAAAAUAGCGCCUGGUCCUGUCACAGGUCGUUUUCCGCAUACGCUUGCUGUUGGUACUGCUGUCAAAAUAUUUGGCGGAGCGAAACAAGCGUUGAAAUCGACGAAACCAGAUGUAGACCCUGAUAAAUCGAACAUAAACGAGCAGAGUUUAGAGGCCGAAUCCGAAAAGCCGAAGAAAAAGAAAAAGCCGAAGAGAACGCUGAGUGGUAGUUUGCAAGAAUCGAUUUUGAAAAUCGAAAAACAAAUCCGCGAUGUUGCUACGGAAGACAGCCAGAAGAAGGAAGCACUCGUUACUCAGCCCGAGGUUCCCUUCACGGAAAAGCCCGGUGAAAUCAGCGAUAAAUUCAGCAAAGCCUCCAGAUUUGGUCAAGUGAUCGCGCACGUAAAAAAACCUGGUCAUCACAUCGGACCGGCGAAGAACCCCAAUUGCUCUUGCGAAUGUUGCGUGAGGUAUGCGCAAGAAACUGCAUUUCGUCGACGACCGAUCUGGCGUUCGACGAUGUCAACAAAGGAAUCUGAGGGUGUGACGUCGGCUCAGAUGUCUUUCGGACCUGCUCAAACGAGGUUGAGUGAAUCCAGUAAGCGUCUGGAUUUGCUGCGGUUGUCCCUGGAAGCCAGGCGAAAAGAACUACCGCCAGACUCUAGAAAAACAGAAGAAAUCCAGCUGGAAUUGAGCAGCUUCUUGGGCACAAUUUCCCCCGGGUCGUACUCCCCGUCACAAAGCGCGCAAGAUAAUUUACCGCUCGCUCGCAGGCAAAACUCCAGCUUUGGUGAUGAAUACUCAGGACUCUCGACCCCGGGAAGGGGUGUUGGCCGGUCUUUGGCUAUCAUGAAAACGGCGGCUGUUACUGGAAAACUCGAAGUUCGGUUAAUGGGUUGCCAAGAUUUACUCGAAGAUGUGCCUGGUCGAUCGAGGAAGGAGUCGGCGCAUUCACCCACCGACAUCAAGUCUAUAAUGCGUGGAGUCACUGGUUCAAGAUCCGCCAAAACAUAUUCCGUGAAGGAUGAAACGAGCAGUAAGGCGUCCAGCUUUUUCUUAAUGAUUCGAGCUGAUACUGAUGGUUGGUUCCUUCCGAUUUUUCUCUGUGUUUGUUGUUCUCCGGAAGAUGAAAUUAUGGCUGUACUGAAACUGGAUAAUCAGCAAGUAGCCCAAACGACCUGGAAACCAUGUUCGCAGCAAGCUUGGGACCAAAGAUUCAGCAUCGACCUCGACAAAAGUCGGGAAGUGGAAAUAGGUAUCUAUUGGCGUGACUGGCGAUCACUUUGUGCGUUAAAGUUUCUGCGGUUGGAAGAGUUCAUUGAUGACGUUAGGCACGGCAUGGCAUUGCAGUUGGAGCCUCAAGGACUUCUUUUUGCCGAGAUCAAAUUUCUGAAUCCGAUGAUCAGUCGGAAGCCAAAGCUCCAGCGUCAGAAAAAGAUCUUCAUGCAGAAGCCGGGCAAAAUGCUGCGACCUAACCAAAUGAACAUCAACGUGGCCACGUGGGGUCGUUUGAUGACCCGUGGUGGUGGCCUGCGUCCUCCUGAAUCAGGAGGCUCAACGCCCACACGGCCGCCUCGAGCAAGCCAGAUGACGCCGGCCGACGCGGAAAGAGUUGUCUCGGAGGGCGGCAUGGUUUCGGCUGUGUCAUCCGGCGGGCUCGACAUCGGCUCGUCGACCGAACGGCGUCCCAUGAGCAUUCCCAUUGCUCCGCCUGUCGUCCCGCCGCAUCACAAACGCCCGGCGCCUUCCCCGCCGUCGGUCUCUGGCAUGGAUCGUGUCUAUGUCUCUCAGGCCUCGACGAAGUAUAACCCGUAG